AGUGCCACUUUGCAGGACUCCAAGAGACCGCCACAAGAGCUUGCUGCCCCUAGGCACGCCGUUACUUUCAGGGGAUUGGUGGCGGAAGAAGAACAUAAAGAUGUGAAGAAAGGAACGCCUCCCUACGUCGGCGUCGAUGUGACCGGUCAUCGGGAAAGACUGGUGAGGGCUCCAUCACCAUUGCGACUGGUAGACGAGGCUCGGGCCGGAGAUUUCACCCCCAUGCAAUGGACGAACCAUCACGUAGAUCGACAUCGCUACGCCAAUCAACUCAUGCAGGACUCUGAUGCACUCCGAACGAAGAGCAGGCAAACGGAGAGCUACACAGACGAACGAACGCACAACGCCCAGGAUUCCGUGACAAACGGACUGGACAGUCGCAUCUCGUCUACCAUCGAAGUCCGGGAACACCUUCACCACGCCAUCAGCAAUACCAUUGACGAACUUGCUUUGCAAGAUACAAUGAAAACCAGGUUGCAGGUGGCUCUCUUCACUCUCGAAUUGCCGGAGAGGAACAAUGAGGAAUGCAUCCACAUCAGAAGGUUUAGACUUGGGGUGGACCGUACCUAUGAUCCUGUCACUUAUGCCCUGAAUAAGGAAAACGAAACACUGCAUACUGGUCGUUCGCUGCUGACCCAAACACUCAAAGACACGGAAGCGCAGAUCGCUCGUCUGCUGGAAGUGAAGCGGCUCCUGGAACACGACUGGUCCGACAAGCAAGAGGCCUUCCAACUCGAUCACUCGGCAGCUAAACUCGUCAUUGAAUCCGUCAAAGCUCAGUACAAGCCUGUCUCAGCAGCUCUCCACGAAGGAGCCACAGUACCGGAUUCGUGGAACCAGAGAAGUAAACUACACCAAGAUGUUUGUAAAAGAGAGAUUAUUUCCGGUACUCAGUUAAGAGGAGCUGCUGAUCAGGCCCUCCGAGAGGUAGCGAGGGACGUGGAGGCCACGGGAGAGGCCACAGACGUCGCUCUCAAUGCGAGGAUCAUGGAGCUAGAGGAUGCAAAGGCGAAACUCAUCACAAAAGAUUCCAUGCUCAGGAAAGAAAUUGCAGAGGAGGAGAACAGCAUUGCCUCAUUACGGCAAGCAUUGCAAGACAAGGAAUCUCCGUUGCAAGUUGCACAAAGCAGACACUGGACUCGAUCUUUCAGACCAGGGGCCGACAGGUGUUUGGAUCACCCUCAUUACAGGUUGAAGGAUGAACUCGACGAGCUUCCCCGAAAUAUCGAGACCUUGCGAGAACGCCUGAAGAACAGCGAGGACACUCUCGAGGAGCUCCAUCGCCUUCACGAGGAUUUCUCCAAGGAUAUCCUAAACCGAGAGCACACGAUUAGCCUGGAGAGGCGGUGUGUCACCGUCAGGAGCCUGAAACCAACUCAGGAGAAAUUGCAAGGUCUCUGAGGAUCUUCAGAAGCCUGUGUGUGUGUGUAUAAAAGUCGGCAGGCAUCAGUGGGUACAAAGUUACAGAAGAAAGUUUAUGGUGAAUAUCUUCAGCUUAAAAUAGAAUGUACUGGAACUAGCCUUUUGCCUCUUGUAUGUCAGCCAUGAGACCCAUGUAUUCCUGAUGCAAAUUAAUGGUCUCAUUUUGUACAUUUUUAAACUAACCAAAUGUUCCUUUUAA